AUGAUCCCAACCCUGCUGCGGGUCAGCAAUCCGGUCUUCAGAGGGAAAGAGGACACAAUGGAUGACAGGACUGCCUCUGAACAGGGUGGGAUCCAUGCCACAUCAGGGCAUGGCCAGGGGUUGAAAAAGGAGCCCUGUUUACAUAGAGACUCUUUGCUGCCUUCUCCCASUGCAUCCCUGAUAUCCCAUCUCCUCAGCCACACAGUGGUUAACAGGGGCCUGGAUCCUCACAUCCUUUUACCUUCCUCCCAGCUGGUUGCUCUGCCCCGGGACUAUGGGGAUGAUGUGUCUCCUGGGCAAGGAGAGCAAGCCCUGGCUCUCCCUGGGCACUGUGCCCUGCGUCCCUCGCCUCGUGCCAACGACAGAGAGCAGCUCUCCRACGAGCACCUCCGAGCCAAGCGGGCCAGGGUGGAGAGCAUCAUCCAAGGCAUGAACCUCCCACCAAACGCCCCGACGUGGGACAGCAGCGGGGCGAGAGGUGGCGGACACGACCUGGAGAGGGGCCGGGAGACACCUCGGGAGAGCAAGAGGAAGCCGAGGCUGCCCCUGCAGCAGCAGCAGAGCCAUGGCGGGGACCGAGAGGCCAUCGCGGGCGCCUGCAGCUCCCGGGCAGAGAGCUGCCAGCAGCUCAGGGAGCAGCUCCUCACCUUGGAGCAGCAGCUGCGGCAGCUCCAGGAGAGGUUCCUCCAGUUCUGUGACCCCGGAGAGGCUGCUCACGAGCAGSAAGGGACGGAGCAGGCACAUCCAGCACGUGGAGCGGCUGCAGGCAGACCGGGCCAGGGUGGCGCGGCCGAGGCCGGUGACACGCUCCAGAGGCAGGUCUGGAGGAGCRCCCCGGAGGCGGCAGAGGCUGAGGAAGCCACAGGCAGCACGGGGGGCCCGUCCUCGCAGGCCACGCUGCUCUCGGAGACGCUGAAGCUCGAGCUGGCCGCAGCGACGGCUCGCGUGGUGGAUUCCGUUCUGGAGGCCGCGUGGCCGAAGGCGGCCGGCCGCCUCCCGCAGCGGCACCGCAGCCUCCCCGUGCCCGCGGAGGGAGCCAGGAGGGAGCACUUGGCUUCUGGGAAAUGCAGGAAACAGCUUCCCGAGCCUCCCCACAAGGAUGUGCCGGAUUCCCCCGGGGGAGCCCAGGCUGAGGCUCUGUCAGGAGCUUCAGAGAAGAGCCCAGACUCUCACCCUGGCCCUGUAGGUUCAAGGGGGCUGAGAAAACCCUGCCAGGUCGCUGGUGUUGGCUACCCGCUGGGCACGACAGGCCCUGCUCAGGACAGCCAGCAACUCGGCCAGCUGCGGGGCUGCAGCCAGCACGGCCCCUGGGGCAGCAGCUCCCACGGGAGCCCUUCUGCUGCGGAGCGGGGUCCCCCGGAGCCCCUCGACCUGCACUGGGGAGCCAUCAAACUGAGGUCACCGGUCGUGAGGCAGCAGCAGCUGCCCGUGCCCGUGAGCCCUGCCCGCGCAGACAGCCUGGCGCUGCUGCCCGCGGCCAGGGCUGGCGGCCGGGAGCCGCACGAUGGGGCACCCUUCCCCUCCGUCCACAUCCAGGAGGCGCUGAGCCCUGGGCACCUGAAGAAGGCCAAGCUGAUGUUCUUCUUCACCCGCUACCCCAGUUCCACCCUGCUCAAGAGCUACUUCCUCGAUGUGCAGUUCAGCCGCUGCAUCACCUCCCAGCUCAUCAAGUGGUUCAGCAACUUCCGCGAGUUCUACUACAUCCAGGUGGAGAAGUUCGCGCGGCAGGCGCUGCUGGAGGGCGCUGCGGAUGCCGGGGCGCUGAGGGUCUCGCGGGACUCGGAGCUCUUCCGCGCGCUCAACACGCACUACAACAAGGGGAACGACUUUGAGGUCCCYGCGCGCUUCCUGGAGGUGGCCAGCCUGACCCUGCAGGAAUUCUUCAGCGCCGUCAGGGCGGGCAAGGACUCCGACCCCUCCUGGAAGAAGCCCAUUUACAAGAUCAUUUCAAAGCUGGAUAGUGACAUUCCAGAAGCGUUUAAAUCUUCUGGCUGCUCUCAGGACCUGCUCCRGAGCUGA